AUGCCGUGUUGCAGUCCUUCAUCCCAUGUCGCUCCGACGCGGCCGCUCGUUACGACAGCGCUGCUGCUACUAGUAUGCGUGGUGGUCGCUGUGGUUGGGUGCGCGAGUGCCCGGAAACAGCUGCCGCUGAACACCCCCUAUCCCCCCAUAGUGCAGAAUGCUUUGCGCUGCGACGUGUGCUCCUUCAUUGUCGUGAACGCCCUCUACCAAGUAGAGGCGAAACGCGAGGAGCGGCAGAGGAAACGGCUGCAGGUGCGCGAGGACGACGUGCUGGAGGAGGUAGAGAAUAUGUGUAUUCCUUUCAAGGACCAGGGCCAGUGGAUUCGCCAAGUGGCUCUGCAAGUGGAAGAGGUGGCACCUUCAAGGAGAGACGCGGACAGGCCCGCUGCUGCAACGCCACGCUAUCACAUGAGCGUGGGGGUGGUGGACUACUACAGCAAGUGCGGCCGAAUUUGCGAAACCGUAGCGGUGCUUUGUGAGGAGUGGAUGGACAGCGGCUACAUGGACGGCUUCUCCAGCCGCCUUGUAAAGGAAGCGAAUGCUGGUCGUAACAUCAGCGAUGCGGCGCACCGCGACGCCGUCUUCGACAGUUUCUGCGCUCCAUCCCCGCACUGCGAGAAUCACGCGACCUUUGCGCGCAAGCUGGACGUGACCCUCAUGAAAGACGCGGAGCUGCGAGAGUCGAUCGACGCGGACAGGCCACAAGAGAUCGAGACGGAGGAGCGAGAGAUGGAGACGAUGCUGCAUCGCCUGACACGUGAGCAGGGCCAGUCCGCCGACGUCUUCUCGCGGGACGAGAUCCGUCGAAUGAAGGAAGCCUUUGUGACGGGGAACAAGGAGGAUUUGCAGGCGGUCGAUCCCACCGCCUUCGACCUCACAGACGAUGAGUUCUCCACGCUGCAGGACUACAUGCGUGGCGAGGAUCGCAAACAACAGCAACAGCAGCGGCAGCGCCGGCCAAGUGCUCCGAGCGACGCCGAUGAUCUCUGA